AUGGCCGCCGCCGCCGCCGCCGCUCGAUGCCUCAUGCUCCGGCCAUCGCCCCGGACUGAGGCCACGAAGACCCCUUCCUCCGUCCACGCCUCCUCCAGCGCCACCCCGCUCCCUCUCCGCGCGGCCGCCUCCCCGAGUUCAGCCCGCCGUCUCCGGCCGAUGCCGCUCCGGUGCUCCUCCCCGCCAUCAGGAGGCUCCGCCGAGCCGGGGCUCGCCGUGCUCCUCGAAGUGGAAGGAGUUCUUGCAGAUGUCUACCGCUUCGGCUACCGCCAAGCUUUCAAUGUAGCAUUUCAAAAUCUUGGCUUGGAUUGUGCGAAUUGGACAGAGCCAAUAUAUGCUGAUUUAGUGAGGAAAUCUAGUGGCGACGAGGAAAGGAUGCUGGUGCUGUUCUUUGAUAGGAUUGGCUGGCCUACAUCUCUGCCAACUAGUGAGAAAGGGUCAUUUACAAAACGUGUUCUUAGUGAGAAGUUGAAAGCUUUGGAAAAGCUCUCUGCUUCUGAUGACUUACCACUGCGUCCUGGAGUUGAGAAGUUCAUCGAUGAUGCACUUAGUGAGGGUGUGCCUGUAGCCAUAUUGGCAACAUAUGGCAGAAAUGGAGAGAAGAUUUCAAGAUCAAUAGUUGAGAAGUUAGGCCCUGAGAGAACGUCGAAAAUAAACAUUGUUGGAAAAGACGAGGUUGAAAGAAGUCUUUAUGGGCAGCUUGUUCUUGGUGAAGGAGUUGCCUCCAGUUUGGAUGAACAACUUACCAAGGAAGUACAAAAGGCCGCUUCUGCAGAGAAACAGAGGAUAGCAGAAGAGGUUGCAUCACUUCUAAAACUCAGCGUUGACAUUAACACAGCAUCUAAAAGUUCCGAGAAGAUAAUAGCCACGCUGCGAGCUGGGGCCGAAUAUGUGGGAUGCAAUGUGCAAAACUGCAUCCUUGUAGCGGGUAGCCAACCCAGCGUCAUCGCAGCUGAGCGCAUUGGCAUGCCGUGCAUAGUUGUCCGAAGCAGCCUAACUGCUAGAGCAGAAUUUCACUCCGCAAAGGCCGUCAUGGAUGGAUUCGGUGAUACGGACCUAACAGUAUCAAAACUACUUAGCAAGAGGUGGUCCUAA